GGUUUCCGGUUCCGUCCUGCGGGGAAAGCCCUGCCGGCGCGACCGCCGCAUCUAGCCGCCUCCGGGAAGGCCAUAGAGCGAGGGCGGGCAGAGCGGCGCUUCCUGUACCGAGAGCCCCUUUUCCUACCCCCGCAUUGCCAAGGCGACGGAGGAGGCCGGGGCGGAGUUCUCCUCAAGGCCGUGGUUUCCCUGAAAGGACGGAGCGGGACUCGCCUCACCUCCUGCUUAUCCCUGAGACUGGCAUUCCUCUUCCUUUCAGAGGCAGGGCUUUUUUUCCUGGCCUCACCCUGGAGCAACCUCUGGCUUUUUUCUCUCUCUCUCUUUCUGUCACCUUUGAACUCAGAGUCUCACCCUUCCUUGUCCUUUAAUUCCCUUGCAAGGCCUCCUGUCAUCCCUCUGGUUUGUCUUAAUUUCCUUUCUUCUUCAGACAUUGGAUUCCCCUAUCCUUUCAGGUUUCUAUCCCUGAUUCUACUCCUGAAUAUUUUAUUUAACAGUUUCAAUUCCGUGUUGAGAGGCCCAGCCUUCCCCCACUCGUUUUGCCAAGAUUCCCACGCUUUUCACAGAGAAGCUCUGGCGAUGCCCCCUGCUUGGGGGAAGCGGGGAGGCUGAGGCAGAAGAGAGGAGGCCCACCUGCCGGAGAAGGGGCACCGAGGUCCCGUUAUCCAGGUGUCUCAAAAUGGCUGCCCAGCUGAGGUGGCCGCGGAAGAGAAGCGUCGCACCCUAAAAGAGAGUAGUGACAUGUUUCAGGAGCAGCUGUGAGGGCCAGAAGAAGCAAGCUCUUGGGUCUUUUCUGCCUGGAUAGAGGGGACUCAUUGCCUUAAAAGGGGUCUUUUGGAUUUUUUGUGACCUGGGCAGUGUGCUGAUCCAUUAGACAACCACACUCCAAAGGCGUCACUAGGAAGCGUGUGGCAGGUGGGGGAGAGCCAGGCUGCUUUCCCCACUGCCUGCUCCAACUGCUGCCGCCACCAUGUCGACCUCUUCCUUGCGCCGUCAGAUGAAGAACAUCGUCCACAACUACUCCGAAGCAGAGAUCAAGGUGCGAGAAGCCACAUCGAACGACCCAUGGGGUCCCUCCAGCUCCCUCAUGUCUGAAAUUGCUGACCUCACCUACAAUGUGGUGGCCUUCUCUGAAAUUAUGAGCAUGAUCUGGAAGCGCCUCAAUGACCAUGGCAAAAAUUGGCGUCACGUCUAUAAGGCCAUGACAUUGAUGGAAUACCUGAUCAAGACAGGUUCAGAGCGGGUGGCUCAGCAAUGCAAGGAAAACAUCUAUGCCAUCCAGACACUAAAGGAUUUCCAAUAUGUUGACCGUGAUGGAAAGGACCAAGGGGUCAACGUGCGGGAGAAAGCCAAGCAGCUAGUGGCCCUUCUCAAAGAUGAUGAGCGACUUAAAGAGGAACGAGCCCAUGCUCUAAAAACCAAGGAGAAGCUGGCCCAGACUGCAACUGCUUCUUCAGCUUCCUCAUCUUUGGCAAAUGCCCCUGUGGAAGCGGAGCAGGCUUGGCCUCAGAGCAGCGGAGAGGAAGAGCUGCAGCUACAGCUGGCGCUGGCCAUGAGUAAAGAGGAAGCGGAGCAGCCCCCCGCAGUGGCCGACGAAGACCUACAGCUCCAGCUAGCCCUUAGCUUGAGCAAAGAGGAACAUGACAAGGAGGAGCGGAUCCGGCGCGGGGAUGACCUACGACUCCAGAUGGCCAUUGAGGAGAGCAAGAAGGAGACUGUUCCUGCUAAGGAGGAGUCAUCCCUGAUGGAUCUUGCUGAUGUCUUCACCGCCCAACCUACUGCUGAUCCAUGGGGCGCUCCUCCUGCUCCGCCCGACCCCUGGGGUGGUGCUGCCCCAGCUGUAUCCGCAGCUCCCACUGACCCAUGGGGACCAGCCGCUACCGGAGCGGCUUCUACAGGAGAUCCAUGGGGGACCACCACAGCACCUCCUGCAGCCCCCUCAGACCCAUGGGGUGGCCCCUCAGCUGCAGGCACCGACCCCUGGAAGACUGAAGGUGGGGUUUCUGGUGGGACAACAGCAGCCCCAUCCACAGACCCGUGGUCGUCCAGUCCAACUCCAGCCUCCCAGGGGAAACCGGCCUCUGAUCCUUGGGCUCCAGCAUCUACUUUUUCAGAUCCUUGGGGAGGUUCCCCUUCCAAACCCAGCACCAAUGGCACUGCAGCUGGCGGAGGCUUUGAGCAGUUUGGUGGUCCUGGGGACAGGGACGAAUUCUCAGAUUUCGACAGCCUGCGCCCAGCGCUGCCCAAAUCCGGGAGCAGCACAGGUGAGCUCUCACUCUUAGCUGGUGAGGUGCCUGUUUGCCGGGCUGGAGGUGGCACUGAGAGCCCCAAUGCUUUUGACAUGGCAGCCAUGAGUGGGUCCCUCCCGGACACUUCCAAGCCAACACGCAAGACUCCAGAGUCUUUCCUGGGUCCCAACGCUGCCCUUGUUGAUCUGGACUCAUUGGUCAGCAAACCCACUGCCCUCUCUAGUAGCGCAAAGGCCUCAAAUCCCUUCCUACCCACUGGUUCAGGCUCUGCCCCUGCCCCAUCUGCCUCAGCUACAAACCCCUUUCAAGCAACGGCAGCUGCUCCGCUUUCUCUCAACCAACUCCGCGUCAGCCCGGUUCUCCCUUUAUCCCAGCCAGCACCCCCUGCCUUCCCUGCCACAGCCCCUAUGGUCUCAGUCUCCCCCAUGGCCCCCGGGAUGCCCUUAGCCACCGUUUCCCCCAUUGUGGGAGUUCAGCCCAUGGGGGGCGUUCCGGCUAUGGGGCUCCCUGCCAUGGGGCUGCCCCCUCAGAGCGUGGCGCCUGCGGGCAUGGUCCCCAGCAGCACCUCUGCUUCCACCAUGGGGAGUACUAACCCCUUCUUGCUAUAAUCAGUGGGAACCAUCUAGCCCUCCAGUCAUUACCCCCCACCAGCCCCCUUCAUCCUAUAAUUCCCAAUUUGCAAUGGAGCCCCCUAAGAUUCCACCCACAAACGCGGGGCAGCCAAGCCUGGGCUACGUGGGGAUGGAAGGAAGGGGAGAGACUUGUGUUUUUUUUAUCACAAGUUCCUCUACCGCCAUGUUGGGGGCAGUAGGGGCUUUCCCUUUUUUGGUUUUAAAGAGGGGUGAGGCAUAAAAGAUCUCCCUUGUUGCGCUUUGAAGCAGCUUGGAGAGUGCGUUUUGGCUGUUGUAGCACAGUCCCCAGCAGUAGUGACCCCUGCUCGUUCUCAUUGGGUUUGGGGGAGAUGGGGAAGCCAAAAGGGAGGGGACUGAGAAGCAGCCGCCAAAAUGGGGGACAGGGAAGGGGUGGUUAGAAAGGCAGGGGUAUCGUCUCCAAAGGUUGAGGGUUUUUUUAUGCCUUUCCCACACUUACCAUAGUAAAUAUUCAUCCCAUUUUGGAUGCAGUGGCAAGUUUGGGAUAUUUUAGCCUCACCCUCAUCUUGGCACAUAAAUCUCUUUCCUGCACAUUUUAGAAGGAGUACAGGCCCUUCUUUAGGCCCUUACAAAUGAUGUUUUCUUGUGGGGUGAGGGAAGGAUGGAGGGCACACACUUCCCUUUAAAUGAAAUAGAAACCCUUCAUCCCAGUUUCCAGAUUAAAACCAUCCCAUUCCCUCCCCCCACAGCUGGGACCAGUCUUUUAUCAGCCGGGGAGGUGGGAGUGAUAUCAGAUGGGGUUGAAAUCAGUGAAGGCCCUUUGCUAAUUUGGGGAUGGAUUGAGACACCAGGAAUAUAUUUGUCUCCUCCAUUCCCGGGGGCCAAGAGGAGUACCACUAAUUUGAGGUCAGAGACCAAAGCUGGGAAGGCAGCACUACACGUGGUCCCCUGUCCUCUCCCAAAAUUGAGAGAGAGAGAGAGAGCGAAGGCAACCACCUUUUGCAAACUGCAUGGAGGCCCUUUCAUGCAUCACCCUUGGGAAAGGAGCCUGGAAAUCAUCAAAACAUCCUACUAUGAAAGGGGAAUUUGGGAACCAUUGGAGGAUUCUAUGAGUCUCGAAAUCUUCUCAAACGUUUCUCCACUUGACAUGAACAGAGCAAAACUUGUGUGGGGAUUGAGGCUCUUGGCCUACUUCUUUGGAGAUCCAGGAAAAGCAAGAGCCUUUAUGGAUUUUAAGAGAUGUGGGUUGUAAGAGCUCUCCUUUCUUUCAUCUGCAAGUGACGGCAAGCCCAAAGAAGGACUCAAAAGGAGGAGUGUAGAAAAAGUGACCUGUGAAGGACACCGAGUGUAUACACAUUAUCUCUCUUGCUUUCCCCUUCCUCUCUCUUUCACCAACAAUGCACUCAAAAGGGUUGGGAAGGAGAGGCCAAACACUCCACAAGCCACCAGGCAGCACUCACCACCCUGGGUGCGAACCAAGACAACCUGUUCCAUCACAGCUUUCCACAUGUGACCUUCCUUUUCUCUCCGCACUGCAGCCCGCUCGCCAUGCUGCUCCAGAGAGGGUGCUUUUGGGGGGCAUUGAAUGGAGUCCUGCUGCCUUCGCCCAACCAGCACUGAGCAGAGACGCUUCAACUUCAUUCUUCAGACUGGUUGAACAAAGGGAGGGCGUCAAUGAUGGGCAGCGUCUUCCUCUCCUGCCGAAGCCACUUAUGGGGAAGCGGGGGUCAAAGGCUGUGUUUGUAUGUGUGUGUGUGUGUGUGUGUGAGUGAGCGUGUGUGUAUGUGUUGCUGCUGUGGUUGUCAGUUCCUGUUUAAUGCUCAUUACGGCCCAAGACACUCCGCUAAAUCUUUUGUUCCGUUCCCUUCUGUUCCUGAAGAAGAAAAAGAUGUUGCAGUUGUGUUUCCUAGUUCUCCCUGCCCUUCUCCCCCAAAAAACCAAUCAUGCCAGGGGGCAAUUUGACUCCCCACACUGAGUAUCUUUGGAGAAUCAUUGUGUUGUGGGUUUGGGCAGGGCAGAGUGAUCUUGGCUGUGUGUGGCCCUCCCUGUUGGCUCUGUCUCCCGCCCUCCCCUGCCGUCCUGAUCCCCUACCCGCUCUGGUAUGCAUCAGGAACAAAUGCUCUCAAUGAAUUGAAAUAAAUGGAAAUUCUUCUAUGGCA